GAUUCUGAGAUUCAGGAAGAAAGAGGUUCCUAAACACGGAAGGAAGCCAAAGAAGAAUUUCAACCUAAAAAAAGUGGUAUGGCUCUAGUUUUCGGGUUUCCAACCUAUCGUCCGUGCAGUUACUUAAACCGAGUACCUAGAGGCUACGAUGUUUUCCACAAUCUAUGGGCAGAGAUGGCCUUGGCUCAGGGGCAAGAAGUCGGCAAGUCAUACCGUCGUAGGAGACGGGAACUGUCCCCUAAGGGAGCCGUGAAGAUUGCUUUUGUUCCACUUUAUAACUACAAACCUGAAGAAAUCACUCUUGAAGUUGAUAAUGACAAUGUGAUCCUUCAUGGAAAGCAUCGAUCAGAAAGAGAAGAUGGAUUCGAUACAAGCGAGUUCAAGAGAGUCUUCAAACUACCACAAGAAGUCGAUCCAACUGCUAUUACGUCACGCGCUACCCAAAAUGGCGACGCCCUUAUAAUCGAGGGCACAAAACGAGUGGAGGAGAAAACAGAAGAAGGAAAAUUUGAGGCAAAGUUUGAUUUCAGUGGCUUCAAGCCAGAAGAGAUCAAGAUUCAACUCCAUGGUAAUGAGUUGAGUAUCGGCGGGAAACACACAUCAGAAGAUAGCGGAAAUUACCGGUCACGUGAUUACAGUCGCACUCUCCUGCUUCCCGACGACAUAGUUGUCAGCUCCGUGACUUCAUGCCUGUCAAAAGAGGGCCAGCUGACUAUUGAAGCAUCACGCGAUCCUGCCUUGUUGCCAGGCGAGAGAAACGUUGACGUCAUCAUGGAGACAGAUGAAGCACGAGAGGCAUUGACAAGCACUCAGUCGGGAAAAACUGAGAACUAGUUAGAUCUUUCCGAAAAAAGCGAAGACGGUCCGUGAGAAUAUGAAUCAGUCGAUGGUUAUUGUAACUUUAAUUCUAUGGGACAUUAAUAACAAAAAAUGCUCAACUUUACUUGUUAGGUUGAUUAAAGUUAGUAUAAUUUGAACUGUAGCGUGAAUGUUAUCAUAAUAGGCAAAUGGUAAUCCAUUAAGAAAA